AUGGGCUCCAUCGCUACACAAUACUACGGGAAAUUCAACUAUCUCCCUCGCGGGACAAAGCCGACCCCGGGGACUGGAGCGUAUAGCCUACCUGCUCUUACAAAUUUCCAAGCAUCACCCAACUUGCCAUUGACUGAUAUCCGCCCUUCCUUGGACCUCGGUGAUUCUUCUCCAUUCGAACUUUCGAAGCACGGUUUCACUGCUCGUCGUCAGGAGUCACGGCUUAAUUCAGCCCCCUAUGACCGUUCAAGUUGGAAAGAUGAAAACUUGUUGAGAUCAAUCUAUUUCCCUGAAGUCGAGGAGCUCCUGAAGCAGGUCACUGGCUGCAAGAAAGUUAUACCCACGGGAGCUAUUCUCCGAAGCAACCUAUACGCAGAAGAGCCUGAACCCUCUGACGAAGAAGGGAAGAAAGAAGAUGAGGAAAUAACAAUCUGCUGCCCUAUCUACGGCAGUCGGCCCGACGCUGGUGUAUCCACUGCUCCUAAAGUGCACCUCGACUUCACCCCACGAGGUGCGCGACGCCAAAUUCGAAAGCAGCAUCGCGACUUGGUGUCAGUGGCAGAGCCAGUAAUCGAGGCAGAGAACAAGUUGCUUCGCUCUGGUGUCGACUGGGACAAUCUCAAGGACCAUUAUAAGGGGAAGGCUGAUGGAGAGGAGGGAAUCCCUCGGUUUGCACUUUUCUCAGUCUGGCGUCCUCUGAAGACUGUCACUCGAGACCCUCUUGCUGUCGCGCCAACCCUGUCGUUCCCCAAAUCUGAUUACUCUCCGAUGGAAUAUUAUGACGUGUCAUUCGACAAAGAUAUCCCUCCUCGCCUUGCUGAGAUCAUCGAUACUGCCGCCCCCGAGGGUCAAACUAAGGAUGGUGACAAACACAAAGCGGGAAAAUAUCGCACAUGGGCCUAUACCGCGCAUGAACCGCUCGAUACACAGGGCAAGGGACACAAUUGGCACUUCAUUUCUAACCAGCAACCUGACGAAGUUUUGAUUAUACAAUUCUUCGACAACGAGACGGAAGCCACCCUCAGAGCCCCACAGGAUCCUACAGACACCUCUCCCGAGCUUCCUGUGUGUGGUGCCAUUCACAGUUCGUUUGAGCUCGAUGGCCAAAACCAAGAUGAAGAAGCAAGAGAGAGCUUGGAAGUCAGAUGUACUGUAUUCUGGUGA